UGUCUCCCCACCAGGAUGCCCACGGCUGAGGCCCCCCAGAUGGCUGGUGGGCAGGGCGAUGGAGGUGAUGGUGAGGAGGCAGAGCCGGAGGGGAUGUUCAAGGCCCCUGAAGACUCCAAGAGGAAAGUCCGGGACUACCUCCGCCUGGCACCCCUGUGGCUGGCCCUGGUUGUGCUGGCUUCAGCGGGGGUGCUGCUCUGGUAUUUCCUAGGGUACAAGCCAGAGGUGACGAUCAGCCAGGUAUACUCAGGCAGCCUCCGGGUGCUCAAUCGCCACUUCUCCCAGGAUCUCGCCCGCCGGGAGUCCAGUGCCUUCCGCAGUGAAACCGCCAAAGCCCAGAAGAUGCUCAGGGAGCUCAUUGCCAGCACCCGCCUGGGUGCCUACUACAACUCCAGCGCAGUCUACUCCUUUGGGGAGGGACCUCUCACCUGCUUCUUCUGGUUCAUUCUCCAAAUCCCUGAGCACCGCCAGCCGAUGCUGAGCCCUGAGCUGGUGCGGGCACUGCUGGUGGAGGAGCUACUGUCCACGGCCAACAACUCAGCCCCCGCUCCCUACAGGACUGAAUACGAGGUGGACCCCGAAGGCCUGGUGAUCCUGGAAGCCAGCAUGACAGACAUAGUAGCCCUGAAUUCCACGCUGGGCUGUUACCGCUACAGCUACGUGGGCCAGGGCCAGGUCCUCCGGCUGAAGAGGCCCGACCAGCUGGCCUCCAGCUGCCUGUGGCACCUGCAGGGCCCCGAGGAUCUCAUACUCAAACUGCGGCUGGAGUGGACACUGGCCGAGUGCCGGGACCGGCUGGCUAUGUACGACGCGGCCGGGCCCCUGGAGAGGAGGCUUAUCACCUCGGUCUAUGGCUGCAGCCGCCAGGAGCCCGUGGUGGAGGUCCUGGCGUCGAGCGCUGUCAUGGCGGUGGUCUGGAAGAAAGGCUUGCACAGCUACUACGACCCCUUCGUGCUCUCUGUGCAGCCCGUGGCCUUCCAGGCCUGCGAGGUGAACCUGACGCUGGAGGGCCGGCUGGACUUGCAGGGCGUCCUCAGCACCCCAUACUUCCCCAGCUACUACUCACCCAGCACCCACUGCUCCUGGCAUCUCACGGUGCCAUCUCUGGACUACGGCUUGGCCCUCUGGUUUGACGCCUAUGCACUUCGGAGGCAGAAAUACGACUUGCCAUGUACCCAGGGCCAGUGGACGAUCCAGAACAGGAGGCUGUGUGGCCUGCGCACCCUGCAGCCCUACACUGAGAGGAUCCCCGUGGUGGCCACGGCCGGCAUCACCAUCAACUUCACCUCCCAGAUCUCCCUCACGGGGCCCGGCGUGCAGGUGCACUACAGCUUGUACAACCAGUCGGACCCCUGCCCUGGAGAGUUCCUCUGCUCUGUCAAUGGACUCUGUGUCCCUGCCUGCGACGGGGUCAAGGACUGCCCCAACGGCCUGGAUGAGAGAAACUGUGUUUGUAGAGCUACAUUCCAGUGCCAAGAGGACAGCACAUGCAUCUCACUGUCCAGGGUCUGUGACCGGCAGCCUGACUGUCUCAAUGGCAGUGACGAAGAGCAGUGCCAGGAAGGGGUGCCUUGUGGGACAUUCACCUUCCAGUGUGAGGACCGGAGCUGUGUAAGGAAGCUCAACCCACAGUGUGACGGGUGGCCUGACUGCAGGGAUGGCUCUGACGAGCAGCACUGCGACUGUGGCCUCCAGGGCCCCUCCAGCCGCAUUGUGGGCGGGGCCGUGUCCUCUGAGGGUGAGUGGCCGUGGCAGGCCAGCCUCCAGGUUCGGGGUCGACACAUCUGUGGCGGGGCCCUCAUCGCUGACCGCUGGGUGAUAACAGCUGCCCACUGCUUCCAGGAGGACAGCAUGGCCUCCCCAGCGCUGUGGACCGUGUUCCUGGGCAAGGUGUGGCAGAGCUCGCGCUGGCCGGGCGAGGUGUCCUUCAAGGUGAGCCGCCUGCUCCUGCACCCAUACCAUGAGGAGGACAGCCACGACUACGAUGUGGCCCUGCUGCAGCUCGACCACCCUGUGGUGCGCUCGGCCGCCGUGCGCCCCGUCUGCCUGCCCGCACGCUCCCACUUCUUCGAGCCGGGCCUGCACUGCUGGAUCACGGGCUGGGGUGCCCUGCGCGAGGGCGGCCCCACCAGCAAUGCUCUGCAGAAGGUGGAUGUGCAGCUGGUCCCACAGGACCUGUGCAGUGAGGCCUAUCGCUACCAGGUGACACCACGCAUGCUGUGUGCCGGCUACCCCAAGGGCAAGAAGGACGCCUGCCAGGGUGACUCAGGUGGUCCGCUGGUGUGCAAGGUGCCCAGUGGCCGCUGGUUCCUGGCGGGGCUGGUCAGCUGGGGCCUGGGCUGUGGCCGGCCCAACUACUUUGGCGUCUAUACCCGCAUCACAGGUGUGAUUGGCUGGAUCCAGCAGGUGCUGACUUGA